AUGGAGGCCGCACUGGAAAAGCUGCUCGAGACCAUGGAGCGCCUCGACGUAGCCUCCGCACUGUACUGCGCGGCGCGGGGACACGCCGAAUCCGCAGCCUAUUGCGCGGCCAAGGGCGUCGUGGUCCCAACGUUGAACUUCGGAUGGCUGACGGCCCCGGUUGGGCGGGACUGCAUGCCGGCGCAAGAGGAGCCCGAAGGCGAGGUGGUCGACGUCGUGAAGGAGGACGAUUCCGCCGGCAGUGACGCGGGAUUUAACCAGUGUGAGUAUGAUUUAAAGGGAGACGACUUAUCGGUGAUGCAGGCCGACGACGUCGUCGACUUGAGCACGAGUGUGGCCGCGACAGAGGAGGACCAACCCGCCGCGACGCGGGAGAAUGCGAGCGCGCAGACGUCGGCACCUUCCGCUGAAGCCGGCACCGACACCACAGGGGAUGGCGACUGCGGCAUGCACGAAAAACAAGGCCCAGGCCCUGAUCAAGCAGCAGCGCUUCCGGCUGGUCAAGGGAGCGUGCUGGCGUCCAACUACGAGCCGCAGAAGGAAGAAGAUGGCGGUGAGGCAGAGGAGGAGGAUCACGCCUCCGCGCCAAAUGAGAAUGCUAGUUCGCAGACGCCAAAACUAGUCGCAUGUGUCGGCACCGAGACAGUGGCUACGAGGACAGCUGGAGGAGCAGCUCCAGCGGAGGCCAAGAAGGAUGCUGCCGAAGGGCGCAAAGCACUUCGGCAGCAUCCUUCUUGGCCUCCGCUGGACCGUUGCACAGAGGACAAGGGCUGCCCUAGGACCGUUGCACAGAGGACAAGGGCUGCCGGCGCGGCUACCCAGAUGACGCCCAAUGCGGCCACGGACGAGGAGACCGUGCGCAACCUGUGGGUGAGCAGACUGGCCAACAACACGCAGGCAGCCGAGCUAAAGGCGCUGUUCGGCAAGUGCAGCAAGGUGGUGUCCGCCAAGAUCGGCAGUAACGACAAGGCACCUGGCGCACGCAGUGACGGCUUCCUGACAAUGAGCGCCGCCGAGAAAGCGGACAAAUGCAUCCAGAAGUUGCGCCGCACCGAACGAAGCGCAAAGAUGCUCUUCCCCGAGCGUAUGAAGCACAAGACCAGUGGUGCCCUGCUCGAGCCACAGCCUGAGACGGAGACCGGAGCUGCUGCGUGGGCAACCGCCAAAACCAAGGACGUCCUCAGAGGAGGCGGUGAGGCGACGUCUUCUUUGGAGAGGGGGAAUGUGUGGGGAACCGUGGAUAAUCACAAUGUCACCACCCUCGCCCAUGUCAGCACCGGAGGUGACAAGGCACAGCAGCGAGGGCCGCUGCGCAUGUGCCCGGAUAGAGACAAGCUUUAUAAGCGGGCCCGGCGAAUGGCACUGCCGCUGUUGAUGGCAGCCUGA